UCUAAUAUAUACGUCAUUUCCGACUUACAAAAUGGAGUCAAAACUUGCCGGUAUAUUUUUGUUAGUAACCCUUUGCGCUGCUUCUUUGCCUGGCAAGAGAACCCUUAUCCUUGUAGACAACUGGUCUAUAAGAGAAACACACUCUGUAUUUUUCAGAUCGUUACGUGAUUUGGACUAUGAGCUGACUUUUAAAACUGCUGAUGAUGCCAGUCUGGCUCUUAUCAAGUAUGGAGAAUUUCUGUAUGACAAUUUGAUUUUGUUCUCUCCUUCAGUUGAAGAGUUUGGUGGCUCUAUUGAUGUAUCAGCUAUCACAAAUUUCAUCGAUGGAGGUGGCAAUGUUCUUAUUGCCGCAAGCUCGUCAAUUGGGGAUCCAAUGAGGGAACUGGCCACUGAGUGUGGUGUUGAAUUUGAUGAAGAAAAUAGCGCUGUCAUUGAUCACCUCAACUACGAUGUGAAAGAUGCUGGAAAGCAUACAUUGAUUGUGGCUGAUACAGAGAAUUUGAUGAAAGCUCCAAUGAUUGUGGGUGACAACAACAAAUCACCCUUCCUUUUCAGAGGUGUAGGAAUGGUCAGUGACCCAGAGAAUCCCCUAGUCCUCAGCCUGCUGAGAGCAUCAUCGACAGCUUAUUCCUACAAACCUAAUGAAAAGAUUGAUGAGUUCCCCAUGGCAGUUGGCACCAGCACUCUUCUAGUAGCGGCACUGCAAGCUCGUAACAAUGCCAGAGUUGUGUUUGUUGGCUCAUUGGACUUUUUCAGUGACGAAUUCUUCCAGUCUAGUGUACAGAAGGCCAACGGAGGCAAAAAGUUUGAGAAGUCUGGCAAUGAAGCUUUGGCCUUGAAUCUGGCUCGUUGGGCCUUUAAGAACAAAGGCGUCUUGCGCGUGGGAAAAGUGUCUCAUCAUUUGCAGGGGGAGAAAGAGCCACCUCAGGCCUACACUGUCAUGCAACAAGUGGAAUAUUCUAUCGUUAUUGAAGAGCUCGUUCAAGGCAAGUGGACUCCAUUCAAAGCUGAUGAUGUCCAGCUGGAGUUUGUCAGAAUAGAUCCUUUUGUUCGCACUACCUUAACACCAAAAGCUGGUGUGUUCAGUACCAGUUUCAAGCUACCUGAUGUGUACGGUGUGUACCAGUUCAAGGUGGACUACAACAGGAUUGGUUACACUCGACUCUACAGCGCUACACAGGUGUCGGUGCGACCUCUAGAACACACCCAAUAUGAACGUUUCAUCCUCUCAGCGUAUCCAUACUAUGCCAGCGCAUUCUCUAUGAUGGUUGGAGUCUUUUUGCUCAGCCUGGUAUUCUUACAUUAUAAAGAAGAUGUUAAAGAUAAAAAAGAAUAGUAUCUGUAGUUCAUAGUAGUUAGUUGCUGUUUUUUUUUCUUGAUAAAAAUUGAAUGUUUGUAUCAGUGUUACACUAUUUAUAGUUCAUCAUUCACAUGUUUUGUUUUGUUAACCUUUGAACUUUAUAUUAAAAUAGUUGUUUACAAAGUGAA